AUGAAGGCGGUUAGAGUUCAGGAUGUAUACUAUGCCCACAUACUUAACAUCAAGUACACUUGGGCGAUUCCCAGAGGAAUCGAAUCUUGGGAAAUUCAUCGGCUGAAAUCGCGCUUUGAUCCAGAAAAGGAAGUAAUGGCUGUUUUCUCAGUGAAGUUGGAAGGGUCGAGGAAGGCAGCUCGAGGCAGUCAACAUCAAUCAUUAGGCCCCACCGGAAUAACAUCGGAUGUUCGACAAGCUCACGAAUUAAAUGGCUAA